AUGCUCCUCUCACCGCUCAUGUUCUGUUGCGCUGCUCGGUCCCACAGCCAAUAUGUCGACGACGCCCUUGCCACUGCGAGAAAUUCCCUGGAGAACGAGAAGCGAGGUCUCGACACCGUCCCUAUCGUCAAUUUACCAACGGCCGCAGAGUCACUCUUGAAGGUGGUCAGUUUGCUCGAGUCCCCCAAGGCCGCCUCCAAGGAUCGGUGGCUCGACGAUUUAGUGGGGGGCGUUGGUAGACUGGCCAAUCUCUUUGUCGCCACAUCGUCCAAGUUCAGGGCACGGCUUAUGAAAGCGGUUUCUACGCCCGAGGAUCGCAAGGAGAUCCUCGAUGCCUUAAGUCGAUCUCCACUGGUCCGGAAAAGGACGACCGACCUUACAGCAAAUCUGGAGGAGCUCCGGAAGCAAGCACACGCGUUCCAAGUGCAUACUAUUCUAUUUCCUCCGUCCCUUCGUCAAUCUACGGUCCCAGUGGAUGACUUGAUAGGCAAGGUUCAGAGCGUGCUCAAAGACUUCGACUGUCUGUGCGCGUCCCCCAUUACUAGAGAACUAGAAAGCCUGAUUGGGCAUGGUAAACGCACAGUGGACAAGACUAAAGGCACAGACACAAGGUGGAGGAUCAAGCACAUAGACUUCUUCAAGAACCCCUGUCCUGUGCUGCUCGUCAGCGGAGUCCUGUGUGUGUCGUCGUCGACGCACUCAACGAGUGCGCCGACGACGACCCAACUCUCGGCCAAAGAUGCUCCAGCCCCUUCUUUCUUGGGUCCUACACUCCCCCUUUCCCAUAAAGUUCUCCUCACCUCGCGCCCCGAAGACCGCAUAGAAGAAACCAUCUCCACCUUCAGCAAAGAAGCAGUAUUUUCAAUCAACCUAAACUUGCAACCUCGGAAGUCUGUAGAUGCCGACAUCAAGCUGUUCUUCCACGACCGGCUGGCCCAUAUGGUGCCUGAGCAGGAUCUCUCCAGCGGCCGCGCCGCGCUCAUCGACCGCCUCACCGAACGCUCCGAAGGCUUCUUCACAUACGCUGCUGCCGCCGCCGACUUCCUGGCGCAGUAUCCCGAAGACCUCGACGAGCGCGCCGAGCUCCUCCUCUCCAACCCGCCGCGCAGCGCGCUCCUCCGCCCGCUCGCCGCGCUCGACCUCCCCUUCCUCUCGCGCGCGCUCCCCGCGGCCGAGCACGACCCCGCGCAGGCCGCGCUUGUGCACGCGCUCGUGCUGCUCCGCGCUCCGCUCUCCCCCCGCGCGCUGCACACGCUGGUCGGGGUACCGCUCCCCGAGGUCACGGCGGCGCUGGUGCCGCUCCGCGCCGCACUGCUUUCGGACCCGCGCGACGCCGACGCGCCGGUGCGCGCGCUGCACCCUUACUUCACGCGUCUCCUCGCCGAGCGCGUCCCCGCGCGUCUGUCGCGAGCACGCACGCACGGCUCGCGGCCGCGUGCCUUCGCGCACUCCUCCGCUCCGCCCCCUCUCUCCCCCCUCGCGUCCCGCGCUGGGCAGGCGGACAAAGCGGCGGCGGAGACGGAGGACGACGUGCGGUACGCGCGCCUCCACUGGGCCGCGCACGUUGCGCAGGCGGACCGGGCGGACCGGGGGGUGCUCGCACCCGUGGAGCGGUUCGCGCGCACGGCGGCGCUGCCGGGGUGGGUCGCCGCGCUGGGUGAGCUGGGCGCACUCGACGCGGUGGACGACGCGCUCGCGCGGGCGAGCGGGUGGCAGGAGCUCGGGCCAACGUGCGCGCUGUUCGAGCACGCGAGGGCGUGGGUCGCGGAGCACCGGCGCGAGUUAGAGGAGUGCCCUGGCAAGAUUUAUGAAGCGGGGAUCGAGCAGGCCGGCGCGAAGAGGGAGGGGUAA